GGCCGUCCUCGCCGGCGCCGGGACAGCAGCCACCGGCGAGGGCCGUCCUCGCCGGCGCCGGGGAGGCAGCGCACGGCGGAGGUCCGUCUCGUCGUCCCCAGCGUCAGGGCUGCAGCGAGCUGGGGAAGGUCUCGUCCUCGCCCCCCUCCUCAGCGCCGUCAGCCAGAUCUCCGGUUCAGUAGGUGGUGAGCGGCGGCGGCGCCCUCGAGGAUUGUUCUGGCCAGGUGGAGCUAUGGGCCGCCGCGUCGUCCCCGCCGGCAGACGCAUAUUGAAGCAGAGCAUCAAGGAUCGGGGCCACGCCGGAGACAAUGGCAGACGCAUCUUGGAGCAGAGCAUUAAGGGUCGGUACCACGCCGGAGAUAUUGGCACGGAGGACGCACUCCACCUGUUCGAUGAAUUGCUCCAGGUUGCCCAGCCCUCCUCAAUGCAUGCCAUCAACUGCCUCCUCACAGUCGUCGGCCGUCAUUGCCCUGGGCUCGGUGUCUCCCUCUUCAACCGCGUCGCAAGGGCCAAGCUGGCGCCCAGCAGUUUCACCUACGCCAUUCUGGUCCACUGCUGCUGCCGUGCUGGCCGCUUGGACCUUGGUUUUGCCUCCAUGGGCCACGUCAUCAAGACGGGAUUUGCAAAAGAAUCCGUUGUCGUUUUCAGCCACCUACUCAGGGCAGUCUGCGCCGAGAAGAAGACCAGCUACGCAAUGGACAUCGUACUCCGGAUAAUGCCCGCGUUUGAUUGCGUACCCGACAUUUUCUCUUACACCAUUCUUUUCAAGGGUCUCUGCAGCGAGAAGAGAAGCCAAGAGGCCCUCGAGCUGAUUCACAUGAUGGUUGAGCAUGGAGGUAGCUGCCGACCUGAUGUCGUGUCCUAUAGCACCGUAAUUGAUGGCCUGUUGAAAGAGGGUUUGGUGGACAAGGCUUACAGCCUAUAUUGUGAAAUGCUACAGGCGGGAAUUUUGCCGAAUGCUGUGACCUAUAACUCAAUCAUUUCUGCCAUGUGCAAGGUUCAUGCGAUGGACAAGGCUGAGGAGGCUGUUCACCAGAUGUCUGACAGAGGAAUUCUGCCAGAUGUUGUCACAUAUACUAGUCUAAUACAUGGAUAUUAUUCAUUAGGAAGGUGCAAAGAGGUUGAUCGUAUUUUCACGGAAAUGUCUAGAAAUGGUGUUCAACCAAAUAUUGUAACUUACAAUAUACAGAUGGAUUAUCUUUGCAAGAACGGAAGAUGCGCAGAAGCUAGGAAGGUUUUUGAUUCUAUGGUCUGUUUGGGCCAAAAACCAACCGUUACUACCUACGACAUUCUGCUUCAUGGGUAUGCCAUGGAACGGUCUUUUCAUGAUAUGCAUUGCCUCAUCGAUUUGAUGACAGAAAAUGGCAUUUCACCAGGUCAUUAUGCCUACAACAUACUCAUAUCUGAAGCAGCUAAAGAAGAAAUGGUUGGUGAGGUAAUGCAUAUAUUUACAAAAAUGCGGCAGCAAGGACUGAACCCUGACGUUGUGACCUAUGGAGCGGUAAUAAACCUGCUUUCCAGUAUUGGCCGAAUGGAUGAUGCUAUGUCCCAAUUCAAUCAAAUGACAACAGAAGGAUUAGCUCCUGGUAUCAUAGUUUUCAACACCCUUAUUAGUGGUUUUUGUGCUUGUGGCAAAUGGGACAAGGUUCAUGAACUAUUUUCUGAAAUGUUGGGUCGUGGCAUCUAUCCUAAUACUGUGUUUUUCACCACAAUUAUGGUCCGCCUUUGCAAAAAUGGAAGGCUUAUGGAAGCCCAAGAUAUCUUUGACCUGAUGGUACACAUGGGUGUUAAGCCUAAUGACACAUUGAUGCAUGGAUACUUUUCAGAUGGUAAGAUGGAUGAAGUGAGGAAGUUACUCGACAAUAUGGUCUCAGUUGGCAUGGAACCACGUGUUGUCACCUAUAACAUACUGAUUGAUGGUUACUCUAAGAAUGGAAAGAUAGAUGAUGCAUUCGCUGUUUUCAGGGAAAUGUUGGACAGGAAGGUGAAGCCCUCUGUUAUCACUUUUAAUAUUAUGAUUGGUGUAUUUCUUAAAUGUGGCAGGAAGGAAGAAGCCAAAGAUUUAUUUGAUGGUAUCUGGGCCAAUGGAUUAGUGCCCACCGUUGUUACAUAUAGCUUAAUGAUACAAAACCUUAUAGAAGAAGGUUCUCUACAAGAGGCUGAUGAUCUAUUCCUUUCUAUGGAGAAGAAUGGGUGUGCUGCCGACUCCUGUUUGCUAAAUGCUAUAGUUAGAAGCUUACUUCGGAAAGGGGAGAUGCGCAGGGCUGGGACUUACUUGUCUAAAUUUGACGAGAGGAGCUUCACCCUUGCAGCUUCCACACUUAGCUUGUUGACUGCAGUUGCUUCAAGGGGGGAAGGCCAGGAAUAUAAGGGGUUACUCCCUGAAAAAUAUCACUCUUUUCUGGAAAAGGGCGCUGAUUGAAACCCUUUCUACAGGUUUUGCCUAGAUAUUCUGGACUACUAAUGGAGGCCUGAAGUUUUCUUUGUAGGUUACAUCUCCCAAUCUUUUCUUUUUGUAGUACGUCUAGAAUGUAGGUCACUUCUCUUUCUAGUAAUUCUGGGAGGAACUUCAAAUGAGCUGUGCAUUUGGUCUUAAUAAAGUUCCAAUUUAUAUUA